AUGGCAUCAGCAACAAAAAUGGUUCUUGUAGCUGCUAUAGUAUUGGUUCUACUCUCUUUGUUUCAGUUUCCUUCAGUUUUAGCUGUCUAUUGGAAGGUAGUAGAGGUGCAUGUGAUAAACGAUCUGGGAAUCAAUAAGACAUUGACUCUCCAUUGCAAUGCCUAUGAUGAUUUGGGAGUGAAAUCCAUAGUCUACAAUGGACAGUUUUCUUGGUCGUUUAGGGUGAAAACUGAAGUUAUUUAUCCAACUUGUUAUUGUGAAAUGGCGUGGGAGAGAUCACCUGGUGUCCAAAUAUCUGGUAAAUUUAUUAUGUAUUUGUUUGAAAGGGAUGAUCCUUUGUGUGAUAAGGAAUGCUGGCGUGUUGCCUCUGCUAAUGGUAUAUUUGCUUUAGAUACCAACGGUAAAGGCCUUACAAAGAUGUAUGAUUGGCCAAAUUGA